UGCAUGCCAUCAUCAGAGCAAAUCGUACUGGCUCUGGCAGCACUGAUGAAGCGAUUUUUUCAUGACCCUCGUCGAUCGCACCUUUGUACAUGUACAUUGUACAUAUUCCCUGCCAUUGAGUCGUGUAGAAGCGGAAUUUCGUGUGCUAAAAGAGUGAUUAUUCUCCAAAUGGCAUCGUGAAAAGUGGAUAAAAGUGCCUCGCAUGUGCUAGUAAAGUCAUGGUAGUCGAUUGGAAAGCGUUUUCCAACGAAUAUUGGUGCGAAUCUUGAUCGCUUUCGGGUGAAAUUAUGCGUGGAAGCAAAGUGGAAAAGUGCCUCGAAGUUUUUCCUUGUGCCCCCCUUCGUCUUACGAAUAUCUGAAGAAGAGAAGAAAGAAAAAAAAGUGGAGUGUUUCACACAACGCUCACCCGUCAUUGAAAGGUAGUGUUGUCUCUCACGCCACUCUCCGAAUCGUCAUCGUCAUCAUCAUUGCAUCAGUAUCGGAUCGGAACAAACACUGUUUGGGAAUAACAACAAGAGUCGCAGUAGUGCCAGUGGAAAAGUGAACCAACUUUACUGAAGCCUACAGAGCAGCAGCAGCUUGGAGGAGCUUAGAGCUAGACUGCAAUAAGCAGUGAAGCACCGGCGGACGGAAUCGACGACGGAAGGUGUGUUUCGAGAUCGGGACGGAAAACGUACCCCCCGACACCGGAUCGUCAUCAUCAUCAUCGUCGGCGACGCCGUCUUCGUCACAGUCGUCCGUGUCUGGGAGACCACCACCGGAGGAACUGCUGCUGCUGGACUUUCAAGAUCUUGCCUUGCACUAACACCAAGUGACCCUGGAUACAGUGGAGUGUUUCUGUGUGCGGCGAAUCGAACCCGUUGCUUUUUGACUGCAUUGCCUAUACAUCUCGGAAGAUUUGGACCCGUCGUCGUCUUCGGUCAACUUCCGAAUCAGAAUAAGGCAUUCAUGGGACAAAGUUGCCGCUCGGAAAGGUCGCGAUACAGUGUGAGGAUGAGGGAAACGAGGGAGUAGACAAGGGAAGAUGUAAUUGUUUUCGCUACGGUGUGAAGUGCGUUAAGAGAGGUAAGACCUCUUCUGUGUGGGAAGAAUUUCGGAAGUAUCAGAAGAGAAGGGGGAAUCGAUCAGCGAAAGCAAGUGAGAAAAGGUGUGAAAUAAAAUGAAACUAGUGUAUCGAGAUCGAUUUUUCUUGUGCUGCUACGACAACGACGGCAACGAUCAACUGCUGCUAGCCUGUCGUAGUGAGAAUGCUGCUGUUGCCCUCCAGGAACGUUGGUUGUCAUCUGGUCCGUCUAAGGCAACUUCCUGUUCCUCCUGCUGCAGUUGGCAGAGUCAUAAAUUCUGCCCCGAAGAAAUUCGAGACUGUCAGCAUUGCUGUCGAAACAGCAACUAUCAUCAACUCAGAGAACGAGUGCAAUUGGUUCCCGAGGGAUCAUCAAGCGUGUCGUCGAUUAUCCACGGUAAUAGCCGCAACGUCGACAGGUCUCAGCAUUACCACCUGCAGCAGUAACACCCUCCAGUGCCCAUCCGAACCCCACUACUAUUGGUGUGUGGCCGAUAGGAACCCCUACAGUAACACUGCCAAUUCUAUCAGGCGUUCGAAAAGGAAUAUCUUCGCUCGUCACAGCAGUUACUGCAGGUGUACCAUAACCACCCACCCUCAGUGAAAUACCUUCGGUCAGUUAAAUUACUAUAGCCUAUAGCAACAAGCAAAAACUGACCACCCAAAAGCAGCGCUACGUUGCUUUACGCUGUAUCGUAAGGAAAAGAAAAAAAAGUGCAUCGAAAUAUUGUGUAUAGUUCUUUUUUGAGAGUAUAUGUUCAUUAAAAGAAAAGCAAAAUAGUUUAUUACCCUCGUACUGUGUGCAUUGGAACGAGAGCAAAAGACUCGUCGAACAGAAGCAGCAGCAGCAGCGGAAGAAGAAGAAGAAAACGAAGGAGAAAGACUCCACCGUGAAAGCGAAAUACAGGGAAGAAAGAAGAAACCCCCAAGUGAAAAGUUACGAGAAACAAAGUGUCAGAAGCAAAAUAUAAGCGCAAGAGACGUACGGCAGAGAUAGCCCUGGAAAACGAAGAACAAGCAGACGAAGAAGAACCAGAAGUAGACAAACAAGCAGAAGACGACGCCGAGAAUCAUACCUCUCUUCAUUCAUAAGCAAUGAAUAGGAAUAUAGUAAAAUUCUAUGCAAUACUAUUCAUCAUGCUGUCAUCAGUUGUGUUAAUCACAGACUGCUGUUCGAGCAGAUCCAUGCCAAAAUCGCGCCCGCGGCCCGUGUCGCACUUCCGUGGUGUCAUCACGACCUCGUCGGCGAAGAUUACGACCACCAAUGGCAAUGGCGACUCGACCACAUUCACCCUGAUAACCACCAAGACAACGUCGACGAUCAGCGAAGCCCAGUCAGAGACCACCUCCACGGUAACGGAUCCUCGGAGUGGACCCGGACCGGGCGGUGGCACCGGUAGCCCUGGCGGAACAAACACCAACGGUGGCAACAGCAAGGACCAGCUGAUGCGGAUGGGCAAGUGCUCAUUGCUGUUCGAGGAGAACUACUGCCUAAACGGUGGUAAGUGUUACAACUUUACGAUCGCAAACUCGACGAUGCCAACGUGCGAAUGUGCCGACGGAUUCAUGGGUGAACGGUGCGAGUCAAAGUACUUAGAUGGGACUUACCUAAGCAUGCGUAAGUCCAAGAUUCACAUCGAAACGGCCAGCAUCUACUAUGGCGCGUUUUUGGCACUGAUAGUGGUGCUAGUAUUGCUAUACUUCCUGCAUUGUUUCCAGUCAUCAUCCUCAACGGGGGGCAGUAAGUUGCUAAAGAAGAGCAAAAAGGUGAUGGUUCCCCCUUCCUAAGCAAUUCACGCAUUCACGCUCGCUCUCCAUUUGUGUGGAAAGUACACCGCGCCAGGUCGUAUUGUUUCGUUGUUAUGUUCAUGUUGGUUAGGAUAGUAGAAGUAGGAAAGUUGAUUCCGAAAACGACGGUAAAUUACGAACAAAUUUAGACAGCUUUCUUUUGUAUGUAUUUAUAUUAGUCCCUCCAGGUGAGGGGCUACGGUAUAAAUAGUUCUGUUUAAAGCGGAACGUUCGAACACGACAUCACCCCUACUCAGACAAAGAUUGAUUCAAUCUGAAAGCAGCUCUAUUCGAGUCGUUCGAAGUGAUAUCGAUACAGGCCAGUGUUUAGAUUUUUUGCAUGCAGGCGCAUUGCAUGGGAAUGAUUGGAAAGAAGGGAUACACAACGAAUGUCGAAUCGCGAAACUUUACGGAUUGAGAAUCUCAACAAGGUUAGAAUCAGUGCGAAACUCAGAUUGAGGAGAGAACCAGAUGAUUAUUCGAUUAUUUGCUCCGUCAGAUAUUAUUCCCGCCCCCUCCAAGUGUAAAAAUUAGUUGCUUAAGUGCAAUAGCGUUUAAGGAAAAGCAUCGUUCGUUUAUUAAGAUUAAAAUGAUAAGUUAGCUAACUGAUAAGAACAAAAUCAUCACGAAAACACGACUAUAGACCAGAGCAACAAACAAUAGCCAAUACCAGAUCAAAACCAAACCAAGCUGAAAUUUCAUUCGCAAACCACGUACCAUUCAAUAGUUAACAACACGUCCAUUCCCGCCAAACUCACAGAACAAACAAUAGGUUAAUUACAGUAGGAGAUUUUUUUUUCCACUCAUCAAACUAAUGAGCCAAAGAGUACGUUUUAGUACUUUUAGAAUUGGUAAGUUGCAGCUUAUAUUUUUUGUUUUUUUUUUCUUGUGCGCAAUACAGAUAUUAUAUUAUAGUAUUCCUCACAUUAUGAAUAGAAUAAAGAGAUCAUCGAACAACUCCACGAAGGAUUAUCAUACACACAUCACACUCAUCCGCAGGCAUAGUACUGUUUUAAAACAAGAUCCUCUUGGGAGCAGAUUUUUUCCGUUCUGUCGGAAGAUUUCAGCUGUUAUGAGGAUAUGAUACACACAAACACGCAACACAUACACACGUUAGUUGAAGUGACCCAGGUUAGAGAAUAGGUCGUCACAAUUAACGAUAUCGAAUCAGUAUUAUAGUACUUACCGAAGGGUGAUUCAUAGUCUCCAUACAUCACUCAUCAAUCAUUAUCGUCUUUGCAAUUCAGCUGUUCCAUAAUGCUCUCCUAAUAGCCCUCCCGUAGUCCCCUGUGCACCGCUCUCCAGCAUUAUUUCUCCACAAACAUCGAAAACAUUAGUUUUCUCCUUUACGCAUAAUUUUAUCUCAUCGUUGUUAUUAUCGUUCGACACUGAUAACAUCAACCUUGAACGCGAUUUGAUUUCAAACGUCUAUUUAUUUUUAUUGUUGGCAUUUUAAAAUCGUUAAUUUCCACUGGAAGGUAAUGGAAUGUUCGGCUUUGAUCAACGGGGUUCUGAACAACAUGCUUUAUUAUUCUUGCAUAUCUGCCUUCUUAUACUUGUUCUAAUUGUUUUGGGAGUGUUGUAAGAUAACUAAUUUUACUCAGUAACUCGAACUAUUUAGUUGCCUAGGAUUGAAAAGCCUCAGGCAGGAAUAUCUAAGCAAUUGAGUAUGCCAAGUAUAAAAAC